AUGGCAUCCACAGCCCCUGUUGUGGAGAAACUCCUGUCUAAUGGCCACAAUCAUCUUCAGGUUCAGGAUAGGUACGUCGUCCCUCCGGGUGCACGUCCCGACAUGUCCCAGCUCUGUCAUUCUUAUACGUUUCCAGUCAUAGACCUCAGAGAUUUGGAUGGACCUAACAGAAUAAAGAUAGUGAAUGAGAUUAGGCGGGCAUGCAGGAAGGAUGGCUUCUUCCAGAUGAUGAACCAUGGAGUGCCAGAAACUGUGAUGAAAAGUAUGAUGGGCAUUGCCAAAGAGUUUUUGAAAUGCCUGUGGAAGACAGGGAAUUCACCAACAAGUGUGUGUGACCCAUUUUUCUUUUUAAACGGAGAGGUUGCAGGGAAGUAUGCCAAAGAGAUAAGAGUACUGGUUCUAAGGCUUUUGGCUGCAAUUUCUGAAGCUCUGGGACAACAUCCUGAUUAUUUGAAUGCAAUCUUUGGAAAACACACCCAAAUCCAGAUCUUGAAUGCAAUCAUUAAUUACCAUCCUUCAUGCCCAAAUCCAGAUCUUACCUUUGGCGUUGUAUCUCAUUCAGAUCCAGGUGGCAUUACUGUUCUGAUGCAAGGAGAUGUGAGUGGCCUGCAAGUGCUAAAGUGGGAAAUGGGUUGCAGUCAAACCAAUACCCAAUGCCUUUGUGGUCAAUGUGGCUGGUCAACUGUUACAUCCCCGCAUCCACGGCUUUCACUAUGGAUGAACACGAAGGAAAAUAAAUAA